UUUUUUUUUUUCUCUCUUCUUCUUCUUCUCUCUUCUCCCCUCGUGUAGCUGAGAGGAAGGAAAGGAAGAAAGAGAAGUAGCGAGCCCAAAUGUGCCUCGCUCUGCUGCCGGGGCGCCGGGGCUUGGCUGGAAGGAUCUAGUUUCUCUUCGGUGGCAGGAAAAGGAGCCACGGGAGGAGGGAGAGACGGACAGACAGACAUGCCCGUCCCGUCAGGCUGCUGGCUCCUUCUCCUUUGCCUGGCUGCCGCUGGCAAACAGUUGUCACUACAAAUCACCCUGCCGUGUGAAAGCGAACAACACUAUGAAUACUCCGGGCGGUGCUGCACAAAGUGUGAGCCAGGAAAGUAUAUGUCUGCUAGAUGCACUGGUACUUCCGAUAGCGUGUGCCAGCCGUGUGGCCCAAAUGAGUACAUGGAUGUCUGGAAUGAAGAAGAUAAAUGCUUACUACAUAAAAUAUGUGAUCAAGGGAAAGCUUUGAGAGAAGUGAACCCGGGGAACAGCACGUUCCAGCGGCAGUGUGCUUGUACGGUGGGCUACCACUGGAAUGAAGACUGUGACUGCUGUCAGCGAAAUACCAUAUGUGCUGCAGGGUUUGGAGCUGAGCAUCCUGUGCAACAAGACAAGGACACCACGUGCACACCAUGUCCCAGAGGCUACUUCUCAGAGGUCGCUUCAUCUACUGACAAGUGUAAACCCUGGACCAACUGUACAGCUCUAGGAACGGCAGAAAUUACACCUGGGACUGACAAGUCAGAUGCAGUUUGCGCAGAACGGAAGGUGCCUGAGCCAUCAGAAGAUGGAACAAACAGGAUCUUAUACGUGUUGAUUGUCAUCUUGUUUUUUGUGGCACUAAUUGGCGUUGUCAUCAUCAUCGUAUACUACAAGAAUAAGGGAAAAAAGCUGACAGCAGAUCUACAGAAUUGGGCUAACGAAGUGUGCAGCCAAAUAAAAGGAACAAAGGAGCCCCGCAGAGAUGCAUGUGUUACCAUGAACAUCACAAAUGCUCCUGUCCCUCAGACCUCUGAAGGCAUGUGUCUCCUGGGCCCUGCUGGCUCUCCUGCUUCUGGAAAUUCAUGCUGCACCAGCAGCCAGGCUCCUUGCAGGAACGGGAGCCCUGGCAUGGUGCCGUGUGAGGUGGGAGGGAGCCUCCAAGAGUUUUCUAUGGAAACUGAGACUGGUGAUGACCAUUUCCCACCAGUUCCCACAGAAGAUGAAUACACGGAUAAGGAUCUCAAUACCACUGAUUAUUUAUCUUUACUGAGUCGGACUGCCAGUAAAACCGUGUCAUCAUUUUCAGAACCAAUGGAAGCAGGGGAGAACGACAGCUUAAAUCAGUACUUCUCAGGGGUUGGGAGCACAGAGGACAUAUCAAUCUCUCAAGGCUCUCACCCUUCCUCCAACAUGGAUGGGGCACACACUACCACGGACAAACUUCUCCAGAAAUCUUGCCAACAUGCCCACAGUUGCCUGAAGGAAAAAGGCAACAAAGACACAGAUUGUUUUGCAGCAAACUAUGACUCAGAGAAGAUCUGUGUGAGGUGUGGCAUUUCAUACAGGGAAUCUCCCAGAAAGUGGAGCAAACCCUGUUGUGCUGUGGCUGACACUGCCUCCACCUCCCCAGAAACUGCAUCCUAUGCACAGUGCACCUGUGGCUUAAAUUGUCUCUCUGCUGGUCAGAGCUCUCUAGCAAGUGAUCGUGGUACGGAAGAUGCAUCUUCAGAUAAUACCAACAUGAAGUACCAGAGCACAAACAGAAGCACUUCAGGGACAAGCAGCAGCACUUCAGACCUCCCUCCAGCAUCUGGAAAUGUGACUGGAAACAGUAACUCCACCUUUAUCUCAAGUGGACAAGUAAUGAAUUUCAAGGGCGACAUAAUUGUUGUCUACCUUAGCCAAAACUCCCAGGAGGGGGCCGCGGCGGCGGGGCCAGGUGAGGAGAACGUGGGCAGCCCUGUCCAGGAGGAGAACCCCAGCCGCUGCGAGACCUUCGCCGGCAACACGCAGCACUACAAGGAGAAGUGUGCCGAGCUACAGGGCCCCGGGCCGGGGAGCGGGGGGACACGGCGGACCUCCAGCCAGCUGGCCCAGGAGCUGGGCCCUUCCCGCCAUGGCCAGGCCUCGCAGCCCGUGCAGGAGGAGGGGAGGCUGGGACACUGCUCGGAGAAAGUGUUGAACUGAGGCGGGCCAGAGUCCUUGCUGCGGGCCGGGGCUGCCCACAUCCCGGGCAUCACGACAGAUUCGCAGACUGUUGCUGCUCCUGGUGUCUUCUGGGAAGUUUUACAGCUGGAAAGGACCCUUGUGGCACACAUGCCGGUGGUGGUGGUGGUGGUCCCACCAAGGAGGUUGCCAUUGGGUGUGCUGCCCUGUCGCAGAAGCAGGGGCAGGGCUCUCCUCUCCCUCAAGGGGCAGCAGGCUACCCACCUGCCCCCUGCUCCCCGGCACCUCUUCCCCGGCAAGCGGCAAAAGGAGAGCUGAGGAGAGCCUUUGGGCGUGCGGGGACUUGGCGAGGAGGAGAGCAGCGUUGGUGGCCCUUGAACUUGGUGGCCGGGCGCGCGGGGCGCUCCCAGAGAGAGGAUGACAUGGCGGAGGGCCGCACUGAAAGGGGCCCGUGAGCUCUGCCUCAGAGUGAUCUUUUUGCAACUAAGCUGCACCCAUUUUGCUAAGUCUUGGGCCUCCUCCAUGGCUCUGAUGGUGGAAGGAAGCGGCGGCCAUGCCUGCUGCUGAGCCUAGUGUCACUGCUGACCUUCGCCUCCCUGUAGGGAUGAGGAAGGUGGUGUCCACCCUUCUGAUCUUUCCCCAGGGGAGCAGACGCUCCAGUGUCAAACCAGUGCCAGAUCCAAGAUCCUGGUCUGUCCCUUAUUAACCUGUGGGUAGGAAUAGGUGUAACCCUGCCCCAAGUGCACGACAACAGAGAAAACAGAGCUGAUAUGCCUUACAAGCCUAUCAGAUUAAUCCUGAGCAAAGAACAUUUAUGGGUUUGGACCCUGAUUCACCUCUGCCUUAUUGCACCUCGCCGGAGGAAUUCAAAUCCCUGAAGAUGAGUGAUGUGCCCGGCAUGAAUAACAUCACUGAAGUUUAAGACGCAGAGCUGCUAGGAGGUGGAGGAAGGGUCUGCGAUAACCAGCUGUGGACAUUUCCUGAGUGACAGGAGAGGGAGAGAUUAUACAAAGAUGGAGAAUUUGGUCAGAGUCAAACACAUGUUCCUUCAUCUGCCCAAAAAAUUUUGUCAUUUGCUCCUAUAUUUUCAUUAGCUAUCAGAACUGUAGGUAGCAUGAAGCCAUUUCCAGAGCUCAGCUUGUCUGAGCUGAAAUUAGAGUGUAGCUACUGUCACACUGAGAGAUAAAAAGCAAUGGAACCAAAGGGUUGGAUUUAAAGAAUAAUAGUAGUUGUAGUUAGAAAGGAGUCUCAGCUACUCAGUUGGCUUUGGUUCAAGUCCUGUAUCCUGCAGUCCUCUCCAGCAGCCACUGUGGAGAGAGAGGCUCAAGGAACUCCCAAGAGGAAAAGAUAACAUUUUUAAGAAUUUCCUGACAAGGGGUAAUUUUCUGACAUUCAUGUGAGCGCUGCAGGAGGCUAUCUUCAGUCUGAGCCUUCAGGAAGGUCAGUGCUGUGUUUCCUGUCAGACAGCAAAGAGAUCUCUUAUCUAGCAUGAUCUCAUCUGCCCUGGCAGAAAAGAUCUCUGGUAAGGCGGGCUCCUCUCCAGGGAGGUUUUUAGAGCGAAGGGGUUCACUGUGUAGCUGCUGUGUUUGCAAUAGUACUGCUCUGUGAGUGAAGAGCACCUAUAAAGCUGACAAAGUGACAACUGUGUCAUGAUGAGCUUCUCAUCCAUAAAACAAAAGUAUAGGCUUAGCCACCUUCACCUCUCAGGAGAACAAUUCUGCAUUAUUUAUAUAUCUGGUAUAUAAAGUUCAGCAGAGACAUCCAAGACUCUCUUUUGGGUGGCUAGCAGAAAUAUGGUGCAUGAACAACCAGUCUCCCUUUCACCUCUGCAUGGCCUUCACAAAACUAGACUGCCCUAGCCUAGGCUUGGCCAGGCAGGUAGGUUGUCCCAUUCAGUGACAGCCCAAGCUACCUCUGAUUCUUUGAAGGUGUGUAACUGAGGUUCUCUCUUACUGUGGUAUUCUUUUGUCUUUCCUGCUGGAUCCUUUAACAACCUUUUUUGAGCCUCUUCUGGCCUAAUCUUGUGUCCCCUAGGCACUGGUGCAACAGGGACAAGGAAACAGAGCCACCAUCACAUUCAGGCAAGGUGGUGCAGAUAUCUCCCCAGUUCAUCUUCAUUUUUUUGAGUCAUAUUUUCCUGGAAAGCAUUCAACCAACCCCACCUACAGGGCAGGAGGAACUGAAUUCUUGUGUUUGGCUCUGGGUAAACUACCUGUCUGUAGGUCUGUCCCCUCCUCCUCCUCCAGCUUCUUUCUUCCCAUGGUUUGUAUCUGCCGCCAGAGAGCAGGCUCAAAAUCCUGAUUUCAGAGAAGACAAUGGGAAGUUUACUACAUGUCCUCAGCAAUGACAUGUUUUUCACUCACUGAAUCACAGGAUCCUACCGAGCAAGGAUUGAAAUUGGGGUCAUCAGCAGGCAUGAAGAAAUGGGUCAUAAUGAUCUCAGCACUGUGCCCGCUCCCUCAGGGGAAAUGCAAUGUGCCAAUACAUCUGAUUCUUAUUCUUCCUCCAGAGUCUACCCAAAACUGAAGAAGCCAUAUCACACUCGUCAGCAUGCUGCAUGUUCCCUGGGUCUCUGCCUGGCUGCUUAGACAUGGACCACAAAGGGACUUCUUUAUCCUCAUGAUUUCAUUUGUUGUCAGUUUGGAAGUGGGUCUUGUACAAACAGGUGUUAAAAAACAACGGGGCCCUAUGCAUUGGGCACUAAUUUGGAGGCUUCUGGCUGCUAUGGUAAUACACAUAAUUAAUGAUAAUAAAAAUCUUAAAGAUCUA